AUGCAGACCCCUAAAACUUACCAGACGACCAACAGCUACCAGACGACUAAAAUUAGCCAGAUUUUUCUGACCACCCAGGUGUACACGAACAGCCAGGACAACUCGGUCAUCACGAACGAAAUGAUUGGCUACAUCAACACGUACGUCAACUUCUGGACCUUGACCUCCAUCGCCUGCCUCGGUCUGGUGACCAACAGCCUCAACAUCGCCGUCUUCUUCCGCCAGGGGUUCUCAGAGGGCGUCACGAGGUCCAUGCUGGCAAUCGCUCUCUGGGACCUGCUCAAAUGCGCAUGCGCAGUGCUGCACCGGAUGUUCGGACCCAUUAGCCUGGCCUCACCCUCCCUCAGCACCUCCUGGCUGAACUUCACCCUCCCGUACGUCGAGUACACGACUUUAUUUGCCGGCUACGUCUCGUACUCACUCACGGCUUUCGUCUCCGUGGAAAGAUGUCUGUGUGUCAGCCGGCCAUUUACGGUAAAGAUCAUCUUUACGCCAAGAUUUACAUCAACUAUUCUAAUAUCCAUCUCAAUCCUCGUCUACGGCGCCUACUUCGUCAUGUUCUUCAUCUACGUGGUCGUCUACGACUUUAGCCCGACUUUCAACGCCACCAUCGCCAAGUACAUCUACAGCAACUUCUACUACACCAACGGGGCUAUCGUCAUGGUCUACUAUCAGACAGUCGCCAUUCUGAUUCCCACCCUCAGUUUUCUAAUCCUAUGUAUGAGUUCAGCCGCCACAGUUCACUAUCUUAGACGCUCAAGCAAGUUCCUUCACAAAGUUGGGGACGCUGUAGCUAAACCCCCAAAGAAAAAAGAUCUCGGGAUUUCCCCGAAAGAAAAGCAGGCGGCGAAGACGCUACUAGUGGUGGUGCUGGUGAAUAUUCUCAACCUUUUUCCGCGAACUGUGUUCUACGUUGCCCAGUUGGCCGAACCAGAGUUUUACCUACUCAGGAGGUACAACAAUAUUUUCUUCCUGACCACAAGACUUCUGACCAUCUUAGACUUCAUCAAAGCCUCGGUUAAUUUUUUCAUCUACAAGAGCAUGAGCUCAAAUUUUAAUAAAACGUUUUUAAAACUAAUGAACGUGAUGCAACAAAACAAGGGGUAA